UCCAACCAUAAAUUUGACUCCAUAAAAACCUAUGACCACCAUUGCCAUAAAAAACCCUACCCUUUUCCUCUCCUUGCUCUCUCUUAUCUUUUAUAUGUAUAUCUAUAUAUACAAAGAGAGAAAGCUAGAGAGAGAGAGCCUUAGCAAACAAGCUCCUGAGGGUACAUUUUAAAAAUGGAAGUGGAGGAAAGUAUCAGUAGCAGCCCCGACAGAAACAACAAGAAAAAUGGCUGCAAUGGUGGCGCCGGCAGCAGCUGUGGCGGUGGCGGUGGCGGUGAUGGGCACGUGCAAGACACGUGCAACAGAACAUUUGGAGAGAAGUGUCGUCAUAUAGCGAAGAAACAAAGAGCUAAAUUCUACAUAGUAAGGCGUUGUAUAGCUAUGCUUGUAUGUUGGCAUGACAAAGAAAAAUAACACCCUCUUCUUCUUCUUUUUUUCUUCUUCCUCUCUCUC